CAACAACAAAAUAUACAGUGAAAAUGAUUCGAUUUGAUUUAAUUUUUAUUAUUCAAGUGUGUAUGUGCCAUCUAUUGAUAGCCAUUGAAAACAGUUUUAAAUGGCGCGUGAUUUAAAAUGAAAUUUAUUUUUUACACGAUACACACACGAUGGCAGCACUUAUAUUGUUUGAAUGAGUGAAAAAUUAAAUUUUUUUUUCGUUUUUUUUAAAUGAAAUUAAAAUUCAAAAAAUUAUAAAAAGUUGACCAAAGUUGUUAUUAUCGUGCAGUGAGAAAAUUAUGAAUACCGAAUCGAUACAAAUAUUUUUACGAUUACGGCCAAUAAUGGCGAAUGGUGGCGGUGUUGGUGGUGGUGCUGGUAGCAAUGGUGACCACCAAAAACGUCGACAAAUUAUUGCCAAUGAUGAUAAAAUUGUAUCAAUAAUGAUGAAUAAUAGUAAUGAUAAUCAAAUGGAACAAUUUGAAUUUGAUCAUGUUUUCAAUACAAAUGCCAAUCAAUUGAAUGUAUUCAAUAGGAUUUGUAGACCAAUGAUUGAAUCAAUGAUCAAUGAUGAAAAAGAUGGUCUUUUAUUUGCUUAUGGUGCAACAUCAUCAGGUAAAUCAUAUACAAUAAAUGGAAUGCCCAAAACACCGGGUUUAAUACCACGUACAUUGGCCUAUUUAUUCGAUAAAAUUUCUGUGGACAAAUUAAAUUGUAAAAAUUCUGUUCGAUCAAAUAGACAGAAUGGAUUUUUUAUCGUCAACAACAAUAAUAAUCAUGAUAAUAACGAGAAUGAUGGUGAUGAUGAUUGGUGGCCAUUCGAUAAAGCAAUUGCAUCGAUGAAUCCAUCAAAUGAACGACGAUAUUCACAAACAUUGAAACAAUGGUCAAAUAUUCGUAUUGAAAUAUUCGAUGAUGAUGAUGAUGAUGACAAAACGGCUGUGGCGACACCGAAAACAACGAUAAAUGGGAAAAAAUAUUCAAUAUUUCUAUCAUUCAUAGAGAUCUAUAAUAAUUAUAUUUAUGAUUUAUUGGAAAUUCCGGAUCCAAAACAAAUGAAAUUGGAACGCACAAAACGAACAUUGAUUAAUGAUACAAAUCAAAUGGUGUAUGUACAUGGUGCCGAAGAAAUUGAAGCAAGAAAUUUGAAUCAAGCAUUUCGUUGUUAUCUUUUCGGUCUACAAAAUCGUCAAAUAGCACAAACAAUGAUGAAUGAACAAUCUAGUCGUUCACAUAGUGUAUUUACAAUCAAAUUGAUCCAUAAUAAAGUUGAUGAUAAUGGUGGUGAUAAUAAACCACAAUUGAAAGUGAAUCAAUUUUCAAUCAUUGAUUUGGCUGGAUUAGAACGUGCAAAUCGUACAAAAAAUACUGGCCGAAAACUUUGUGAAGCUGGACAGAUUAAUAGUUCAUUGAUGACGUUACGUGCUUGUUUUGAUGCCAUACAAAAAAUGAAUAAUAACAAUCAUACAGCAGCGACAACCAGCAGUGAUGAUGAUGGUGGUGGUGGUGGUGGUGGCCAGAAUCAGAAUCAGAAUCAGAACCAGAACCAGAAUGGUAAAAUAAUCAUUCCAUAUCGUCAAAGUCGUUUAACAUAUUUAUUGAAAAGAUUUUUUGAAUCACGUUCCACCACCAUUGUACGAAUGAUUCUAUGUGUUUGUUUGAAUGACGAGGAUUUGAAUGAAAAUUUACGUAUACUAAAUUUUGGUAAAAAAGUACAACGAAUACGAUUAUUGGAUACCGGUGUUCAUAUUCGACAACAACAAAAACAAGAACUAUCUGGUGAUUCUGUACAAUCGAUCACUGCUGGUGACAAUGAUGAUGACGAUGAUCAAGAAGAUGACAGUGAUCCGAUUAAGAUUGUUUCAAUGAAAAAUAUUGAAAAAUUUCGACAAAAAAUUCAACAAUUAGAAGUUCAAUUGAAUCAUUCAUCAGUGAAAAUGGAAUCUAUUUUGGAAAAAUUGGAUCAACAUUCAAAACAUUCACCACCAAGACGAUUAGAUCGAAAACCGCCAAUAUUUUUACCACCACCACCACCACCACCAUCGCAAAUGUCAACGAACCGAAUGAAUUUUCAAACCAUUCUAUUGGGAUUACAGAAA